AGAAUGGCUCUGAGAAACAGCUCCUCAGUGACUGAGUCUAUCCUUGUGGGAUUAUCAGAACAAUUAGAGCUGCAGCUCCCCCGCUUCCUACUAUUCUUAGGGAUCUAUGUGUUUACUGUGGUGGGCAACUUGGGCUUGAUCACCUUAACUGGGCUGAAUUCUAGCCUUCACAUUCCUAUGUACUUUUUCCUCUUCAACUUGUCUUUUAUAGAUCUCUGUUUUUCCUGUGUGUUUACCCCCCAAAUGCUGAAUGAUUUUGUGUCAGAAAACUUCAUUUCUUAUGCGGGAUGCAUGACUCAACUAUUUUUCUUCUGUUUCUUUGUCAAUUCUGAGUGCGGUGUGUUGGUAUCGAUGGCUUAUGUUUGCUAUGUAGCUAUCUGCAAUCCUCUGCUGUACAUGGUCACCGCGUCGCCUCAUGUCUGUUCUCUGAUGAUGUUCGGUUCGUAUGUGAUAGGGUUUUCUGGGGCCAUGGCCCACACCAGAAGCAUACUGAGACUGACCUUCCAUGAUUCCAACAUCGUUGGACAUUACCUGUGUGAAGCCCUCCCCCUCUUGCAGCUCUCCCGCACCAGCGUCCACAUCAAUGAGCUGGUGUUUUUGAUUGUUGUUGGCGUGGUCAUCACAAUACCCCUUAUCAGUAUAUUCAUCUCCGCUUUGACUCUCUCCAGUAUCCUCCGUAUUCCUUCCACUGAGGGCAGGUCCAAAGCCUUUAGCACAUGUGGCUCCCAAGUUGCUGUGACUCUGUUCUUUGGGUCAGGGGCAUUCACCUAUUUGAAAACCUCUCUUCCUGGAUCUAUGGACCACAGUAAAUUUGCCUCAGUCUUCUACACCAGUGUGGUUCCCAUGCACCCUCUGAUCUACAGUUUGAGGAAUAAGGAUGUUAAAAUUGCUCUGAGAAAAACCCUGGAGAGAGUGCUCUUCUGA